GUAAAAUAUGCGACACGUUUCAGAAGAAACACCCACGCAGUCCAGGGCGGAACUCGCUGAGACUGGGACGUUAUUGAACUGGCCUUCCCGACUCGGAGAUUCCAGUCGAGGUCACAUCCAAUCAGCUGUCGACCGAGUUAUCAUCUCUGAACCCUGCAGCAGCCUCAGCCGUUUGUGCAGCUAGAUCAACCACCGAGAGCCGUGUGCUAGCCGACAGAGGGCUACUCGACAAAUAAACGGCGGUGGCCGGCGCGGCGGCGCGGAGCGCAGAGACAGCCAUGGAGCCGAGGAGGACGGCCGCCGCGCGGGCGCUGCUGCCGCUGCUGGUGCUGGAGAGCCUGGUGCUGGUGUCUGGAGCGGCUGUGGCACCAGAGGUCAUGGCGGAAGAGGCGCCAGUUUGCGAGUCGGCCACCGCCCACAGCCACGCCACUUGUGAGGCCGAGUUCGAGUAUCUCGUGCAGAGGUUCAACAUGACCAGAACGCCGGCCAACACCUACUUCGCGCCAGUCUUCUCCUCCAGCCAGCUGAACGCCGACGGCCAGCCCGUCACCAACACCAUCAUGGAGCUGCAGCCGGCCGGAACCCGCAUCCCCUGGCUGCGAACCAACGUGGCCACUCAGCUGUUCCUGUGGCACCACCGCGGCGCGGCGCUGGCCAUUCACGCCCUGCUACCGAGCGGGGAGUACACGCGCGAGGUGCUCGGAGAUCCCCUGCGCCACCCCGGGGCUCAGUUCCAGCUGGCGAUGCCCUACAUGACCUGGGUGUCGACAGAGGUGCUCUCUGACACCGAGUAUGUUCUGAUGAGCGGAUCGGCAGUGCCCUCGUUCAGCAGGCUGGAUUACGACCUGGCUAAUCCAGUUGAGCUGGUGGCUGAGUUCCCCAAACACGAGGCUGUUAUUAUGGCGGCGUACGACAAGGCAGCGUCGAAUUAGGCAGCCUGAGGGGCCAGCUGGAGUGAGGUGGUGGAUUGCGCGUCCGGAGCGAAGGGCAAGAAGACGGAUAUGACUGGUGGUAACGCAGUUAUUCGUGUUUUGAUGUAGGACCCGAGCUCCUUUUCUCUUUUCGCUGGUCACGGUGAAUUACAGUGCUUUUUUAAGACAGAAAACGUUGCAAAUGACGUUCUUCCCUUUGUGGCUGAGGAGUAUGGCAUGUCUUGACGGUUGUAACACAUCUUGCAUCUUGUGUCCAGCGUUAAACGGUGUGUGUAUUAGCCAGUGGCAAGGAAGCGAUGUAUAGCAAAUGAAAACUUUACGAAUAUCGUAAGGUGAAGGCAUUUUUUUUAAAUCACAUUUACCGAUGUUGUACCAUGUAAUAUCACAGCGAUAUUUACGAAAGAAAGUUAAUGCCGAUGCUAGCGAAUACAUUUUUGAACAUA